GUUAGGGUUUAGCGCAGGGACGUCCAAAACAUAGCUACGAAGUGCUACUUUGUAACCUGCAAAGUUUUUUUUUGUGGCUCUGAAAACAUUUGAAUGACAGAGGUUGAGGAUUUCCCUUUGCAUAGAGCAAAUGUAACACCAGAUUUCGCUGGCUUCACUAAAGGGCUGUAACGUUAACAUUACCACAGUUGAACGUUCUUAGCACGGCACUUACUUCACAUUCGGGCAUAACAGUAUGACCAGCGCACAUUUUUGGCAAGCUGCUAUCUACUCAGCACUCGCCGUAGAAGCAGUAAGACUAAGUUAGUUCACUCUCCCCUCUUACUGGGGUAGUUGCGUUGGCACGGUGGUAGUGUCCAGUCUCAGUGUAGCACAUCAAGGCAAGAUGGGUAUAUAGCCAUGAAAAGAGCACCCUCUUUAGGUCAAAUAAAGAAAUACAUGAAAAAGUAAUUCUAUGAAGGAAGGCUUUUUAGCAAAGCUUUUUCUCAGCAUUUUAUUUCCGUAAUUUUCAAUGGAUUAAACGCCGAUACAAAUACAUUGGUAAAAGGAUAAUAUCGGUCAACUGAUAAAUCGGUCGGGCUCUAGUUAUAAACUCUGAACACUUGACAGCAAAAUGGAUGCAGAGGAUGUGAAAAAUGAACUUGAUAUGGGAGAAUGCUCAGGAGGGAAAGGGGAAGAAAGAUGUGUGGAAGAAAUUGGACUUGGUUGUGGAAACUACUGGAGAUCAAGAAAAAGAGGGAAGAGUUUUCAGCAUGACCAGCCACACUUAAAGGGGCAAUCAGCAGUUGCUCCAUCCAUUUUUGGAAUUGUAAAUGAAUGCUAUGUCUCAUCCCCCUGCUUUUUACAGGAGCAGACCUUGUGGCUGCAAGGAGGCAAGCCCGAGUUGACACUAGAAUUUGGGCGGAUAGUGAUCUACACCACCAGCUUUCGAGUAGUAAGGACCACGUUUGAACGGUGUGAGUUGGUCCGCAAGAUCUUUUCAAACCACAGGGUCAAGUUUCUGGAAAAGAAUAUAGCCCUGGACUGUGAGUAUGGGAAGGACCUGGAAGAACGAUGCAAGCGGGUGGGCGAACCUCCCUCGCUACCAGUCGUGUUCAUCGAUGGACACUACCUCGGGGGUGCUGAGAAAAUAUUGGACAUGAAUGAAUCAGGAGAACUUCAGGAUCGUCUGGCCAAAAUUGAGAGAGUACAGCACCCCCACACGUGCCAGACCUGUGGGGGCUUUGCCUUCGUCCCGUGCCCCAUGUGCCAUGGUAGCAAGUUGUCAGUUUUCCGCAACUGCUUCACAGAGUCGUUCAAAGCCCUGAAGUGCACCUGGUGCAACGAGAAUGGCCUGCAGCCCUGUUCCAGCUGCAGCCAAUGAUGACUCUAAGUGCCUGAUCGAAAUAUCCCCUUUCCCCAAGCCCACACAAUGUAUGGUGUCCAUAAUUAGGACAGCCAGAAAUACAAACAAGUCCUAGCGAGACUGAGGCUGUCCUAAUAUGGACACUGUACGGAUUGGACUGUGUCAGAGAUAAGACUUGAUUUUUCACACCAUGGUUUAUCCUCCAUGGGAGAUUGUCAAUAAAAUUGUGUUUUCA